UGUUUUGACAUUUUAACAUUGACAGUAAUUACGCAGAUGACGUGACGUGUAGUGUAAGCUUAAUUAAAGCACAAAUAUAAACAUCAAACAUCUGAAAAUAUUAAUGAAUUUUCCAGUAUUUGAAUUUUACUAAACAAUUUAAUAUGAUUAACUGAUAGUAUCUAUAAAAGUAAAGAUGUCAAAAUCUAACCUCUUAGAAAUAGUACCAGACGAACUAUUCCAAUCUCACUCUAUCAACGAGAUUGAUCAGGUACAGAAGAAGCUACAAUAUGAAAUUGAAAGGAGAAGAGAAGAAUUGCGUGCUAUGGUCGGGGAGAGGUACAGAGACUUGAUUCAUGCUGCUGAUACCAUAGAAGACAUGAGAGUUACGACAGCGAGCACUUUGAAUCACAUCAGUGAAAUGAUGAAAGCAUGUCAGAAUUUACAUAACACACAUUUAGUUGGCUUCAAAAUUAGUAAUGCUCCCACACCAACUCAAAGUUACAAUGUAAAUUCAAAUCAGCUGCAUAGCUUGUCUGUUCAACUGAAAAUCUUAAUGGAAAUUCCUGAAAAGAUAUGGACAUGCAUUGAAACAGAGGAUUUUGUGAAAGCUACCCAGCUGUUUAUAUUCGCCAGGCAUGUUAACACAGGUUUGCAGCUGCAAAUAGGAGGACAGAAAUCACAGCCCGGCGUACAAUCAUUUCAUAGAAUGGUACAGCAACAGUGGAAUUCGAUAUCUAAUUUCAACCAGACUAUAAUUAGAGUAUGUAAGGAGAAACUGCAGAAUGUGGAAAUAAGUGUUGAGAUUGCGUGCUCCUGUUUGGUUAGCCUGUAUCUUCUCGACUCCCAAACAAUGGUCGAACUACUUAAUACACUAAUAACACUACAUAGUAACAAUAGCUUGAAAGCAACGCUCCAGUUUGAUUUAGCUAAAAUAUUAGAAGGGGAUGUGAAAGCUCAAAUCAAAGAGAAAAUUGUGAACGGAGUUAAAAAUGUGUUGAAGACUGUUGUUUUGGUUUAUGCUUGUUUUGUUGAUGAUGCUGGCGGAGCAGUAUUGUCGAAGCUAAAAGAACUCUUUAAGAAAAAUUCUCAACCACUUCUCGAAUUAGUCAAGUUCUCUGAUCCUAAUGCAUUAAAACUAUUACCACCAGCAAUAUCAAAUUAUAGGCUAUCAACAACACAAGAACCCCAAGCUUUAGAGGAAGCGGACAUAAGGAAAUCAGUUCAAGUUUGGAAUGUUUGGGUGAAGUCUUUCAUCGAGACCAACGUGCAGACUCUACUUCAGAACGUGACGAGAAUCAAAGUACUCCACGAAAUAAGAGAAGAAGCAUUUAAAAUUGAAACGCCGCCGAACUGGAGUACAAUUUGCUCGUCCCUGGAUAUUCCCGAUGUCCACGUCUGGUGUCACUACUACCAGCCUCUUUUAACGGCUCGGGUCAAAGCGAUAAUAGACACCCGAUGGGGGAAACUGUAUGAUACUUUCAAAACACAAAUAUUAGUGGACUUGACUAAGGUAUCAUGUGAAAGCGAAAUGGAAAAGGAAGCCGACAUAAACUGGUUCGUGUGGAAGGAUCUCAUCGGGGAGACGGUCAUAGAGUCCAGAAGUGACGUCGUCAAAGUCAUGAACUCUCUAAUGAAAGGCAUGUCCCGACAAGACCACGGCUACACCCCUACCCUGGAGAAGCUGUGCCAAACUCUGGAUAGCGAACUGCAGAAGCUUCUAGAAGAUUUACGAACGUACCUAUACCCGGAGAAGAGGAACGCACGAGACGGCCUGCUGUUUGAUUACGAAGAAGAAAAUGGUAUCGAUCAAAUGUAUAUCGAUAAGGAAGAUAUCGAUUCGUAUCUCAGAGACGUCUCCGACACUAACGUCGAGAGCAUGAUCCAUUACAUAAAGGCUUGUUUCGAGGAACCAACGCUUCAGUCUACUGAAUUAAAACGAAAAACAACUGCCAUAUACUCGGCAAGACUCACCCAGGCCAUAACGACCCUUAUACCCCAUCUACAUAGGUGUUACAUUCCCGAAACGUCCGAUAGCAUUGCUCUCUGCAACACCGAUGAACAUUGUAUCAAACGUUGGAACUCUCUAUGUGGGAAAUUGAAGGAAAACUGCCUUUAUUGUUGGGGGAAAUGGGUCGAUAUUGUCACUGAGAAAAUCGAAGAUUUGACCAAACGUUUGCCACAAGAGUUCACAUUAGAAGCCAAUAUCGAUUAUUUAAUGAUGCAAUGGGACGUAAUAAAAAUAGUUGAGAAAGAUGACGAAGGAAACUCUAUAGAAUCAACUAUAAAAGUGCCAUGCGGUCCUUCGUUAAAGCUACAAGAAUAUUUAUAUUCGGUCAGCCGGGUCUUAGACGAGAUCGUACCUCACACGCUACCCAUCGAAACACAUCACACGUUUAUCGACAAAGUAACGCACAUCACUUUCUCGCACUACAACAAGGUUAUAAGAGAGAAAGAGACGGAUAUAAAUCAGAGAUGCGCUCUUCAGUUGCUAAUGGACGUCCGGCACAUGACCCUAUUGUUCGUUGCGAGAGAGAACAAGAAAUACGUUGAGCUAUCUCAAGAGAUUUGUGAGUUUUUGAGGCAGAAGAUAGAUCCGUUCGAUUAUGACGUUUUUUAUCCGUACAUACAGACGAACCUUAAACGCUCUGUGCAGAGAGUUCAGACGUUACUAGGGAGCCUGAUACUCCACCACGGCCAACUGGUUGGGAUAAUUGGCUCGAAGCCGAUACUGUCAGGCGGCACCGGCGACAAGGCGGCCAGCCUGCUGGCGUGCGGCGACGCGCACUGGUACUCGCUGCUGCCCGUGGCCACUCCCGUAGCGCACCAAAAGAAGCAAGAUAAAGCGGUUAAAAAGAAAACGGUCACUUCGGCGAGCCCGACGAAACAAAAGUCUGACAUCUCUGAUAUUAUGACAAGUUCAUUGCCGAUCAACUUUGCUAAUGCGCGUUCGGGUGCAGCUUCGUUCUUCAAUUCGAUGACUUCGGACUGGUUCAGCGGACAAUAGCCCUUAAUAACUCAUACAUGACGCUAUGACAUGUCCUUCUUUAAAAGAGGCUUGCGGGGAGUAUUAAGCGGUAGGCAGCGGCUUGGCUCUGCCCCUGGCAUUGCUGAAGUCCACGGGCGACGGUAACCAAUCACCAUCGGGUGGGCCGUAUGCACGUCUGCCUACAAGGUCAAUAAAAAAAAAACAUGUCGUAAGGUCGAUAUUAACAUUAAGCAUUAUGAUUCGGUUUUAGGUUAUCAGUUUAAUGAAUUCGUUGAGAAAACUGCCGUUUUAUUUUCGAAGCAAUACGGCUUAAUUUUGUUUGAAGUAAUUUAGGCACAAUUUCGCGAUUCAUUCGAAAGAGGACCCGCCUCGUAUGUAUUUAUAAAAUUAUUUAACUUUUGUUAUUUAUUCCUCUACGAUUUUAGAUUGAUUUAGUAGAUAUGAUAAUUACCUAUAAAAGAACUUAUUUGCAUAGAUAACUUUUUUAACACGACCGAAUUUUCUAUCACACGGCAUUCAAUAUAUCAGAAUAAACCUUUAUUCGUGUCCAAAGAUUGUGUUAUUCAUAAAAUAAAGUUCCUUAAACAGAAACUGGUAAGGUUCAUUUUUGUAAAGCACUAAAAAUGUGAAUAACGGUUCAUAAUUUGAAAUAAGAAUAUGAAAACUUCUAUCAAAUAUGCUUUAUGAUGUAAUGAAUAUAAAUUACGCCAAUUUUCAAUCAAUAAAAAUAUUAUUUAUUAAAUAUUAAUACAA